AUGGCGACCGGUGAGAGGCGAUCAAAUCUCAGACUGUGUACUUACAACGCGAGAACAAUUUCCACAGACGCUGACCUGCAUGCCCUUCUCGGAGCUGCAGAGCGUAUCAAAUUUCACGUGAUUGCUCUGCAGGAGACCAAGUGCAGAAGGAGCGACGUACGACAGAUGAAUGACGGUACACUCGUCAUUCGUGGAGAGAAGUCACCUCGUCUGGCCAUUCUUCGCCUCCGCCCGCUGCGCAAAAAACCCAUCAGUAUCAUCAACUGCUACUCACCAACAUCAGUAGCUGAUGAAUCCGAAUUGGAUGCGUUUUACGAGGAGCUGGAGGAGAUGAUCCGCAACGAGAAGCCCUUCUACAAAUUCGUUGUCGGAGACUUCAACGCAAAAUUAGGAAAGGACACAGAAGAGGAAUACAGGAUUGGAAGAUUUGGACUAGGGGACUGGAAUGAAAAUGACAAUCAUCUCGUCGGGCUGCUGUCCGCCGCUCUCCUCUUUCAUGGGAAUUCUAUUUCCAUGAAAAAAGAUCAUCGUCGGUGGACAUGGGAAUCGCCAAAUGGCGCGACUCGUGCGGAGAUCGACCACAUACUCACCAACCGGAGGUGGUGUCUACUCGACGUCACAGUAGUACUAUCCUUUUGUAGUGGUUCUGAUCACCGUCUCCUUCGUGCGAAAAUAGGACUUAGCCACACGAUGGAAAAGAACAUCUGCUAUCGGCAACGAAGGAGAAAAGAAGUCGUCCACGACGAUUGCGUACUCGAGGACUCCUUGUCCCAAGGUGACUGGAACAUCGAGGAGGACCCAAACGUAGACUACGAGAUGCUGCUCAGAGGAUUACGAGCCUGUGCUGAGCGUAUCUCGAAGCCGCGCACAACAAACUUGGAUCGAAGACCACCAAGGAAUUGUUGGAAAGAAGGGCUUCGAGGCUUGAUCCAAAUGCAUCGCACAUUGAGCGGUUAUUAG